AUGAUUCUUGAUAUCAAAGGAGAAAUCGAUAUAUAUCAUACAGAAGUUUUAUACGAAAUGGAACGAUUUGAGUCGUAUGAGAGAGAAUUGAGAGGAUUUGUUGAAAGAAAUGCCACAGUUAAAUCCGAGUCUUUGUCACGAUUCGAAGCGAUUCUUCGGAUACGACAAUAUUUACCCCAAAAAUCUUUCAACUACACUUAUCGUCGAUUUCGUUUUGGAUGGCCGUUAUUGAAU